AUGGUUCAAGGUUGGAAGGGCUAUUUUGAUAGGCUGUCUGGACCAAUCUAUGAGAAACUGGUUAAAGAAUUCUGGAAACAUGCUGAGUGUGAUGACUACCAUGUCGUCUCGCACGUUCUGGGUAGGAGGAUCGUCAUUUCUGAGAAGUCCAUCACCCUACUUAUGGGAAUGGAAUUUGCAAAAGGGAAGCGAUUUCAGAAUGUUGAUAAUAGGAUGUCUAGAAUGAGGACAACAGUCAACAAGGAACUGUUUGUCAACUGGGAAAGAAAGAAGACCGAGUACAAGUCGAGUGAUCUUCAUCCAAAUCUGAGGUUAUGGCACAAGAUCAUUCUCUCCUACAUCAACCCAAGGACUCUGAUAAGCGCCUCAGACUAUAUCAACGCCACUCAAAAGGUGAUGAUCUAUUUCAUCAAGAAGAGGACGCAGCUGUGUCUUCCAUUCUUCGUCUUCACCUAUCUGAAAGAAUGCCUAAGGAAGUCCAGAACUACAGCUUCUGAGAAGAAGGCUAUGAUCUCUUACAUUCCCUUUGGCAAGAUCCUUUCUGACAUCUUCGUGGAAAGUGGCUUGGUGCAAGAUCUGAUUGAUGCUGGGUGCACAGAAGAUCUAACAGCUACUUCUGGAGAUGCCUUCAAUGUGAAGAACUUGAAGAAAAUGAAGAUUGUGAAGACAGUUGUGGUUCCUCCUUCUGAUGAGUCUGUAGAGAACAUCAUUCAACGAAGUAUUCCCGUUGAUGAUUAUCCCUUGUGGACCAAGCAGGAUGAUAAAGUUGUUAUCCUUCACUGUCUGAAUAUGAUGAUAGAAGAAGGCUAUGAAGUGGAUGUGGAGGAAUUCUUCAGAACACUUCCAGAAGGAAUCCCUGAUGAAGAUGUUCCUUCCCGGAAGCAGAAACGGGAUGAUUCAGAUUCUGAAUCUGAUAAGAAGCCGAAGAAGAAGACAAAGAAGACCAAGGCAGACACCAUGGCAGUUGGUGCUCAAUCAACUCAGAACCGGGCUCCAAGGAUCACCGGAGCUUCUGCCAAGGAGUCAAGUAAGCCUAUUGUUGUUACUUCUGCUUCUGCUUUUGUUGUUAUUAAUGUUGAUGCUGUUCCAUCUUCUUCCCCCACACAAACACUUCCUCCUUUUACUUCACCUCUCAUUCCCCUUUACACUCCCCUAACUUCUUCUUCCAUUUCAACCACCGCUACAAUUGUCACAACCACCAUGGCACCACCAUCUCCACCUUCAUCUCCUAAAAACACUCCAGAAACUGAAAGAGACUUUCUCAAAGUACUAAGAAAAAGAACCUCUGGACCCUCUUCAACCAUUUUUCUUCCAUAUAAACAAGCCUCCACUCAACCCACUCUUUUCAACUCAACUCCUCUUAACGUAGUUUUUCCUCCUCUUACAUCUACAGAAACAUCUAAUGUUUCUCUCUCUGGAUAUUCACCAGUGAACUCUGAUAGGGACUUAAUCCACAAGCUAAAGAAAGACUACUCUAAGGUGUACACACGCAGGGGCAAAGUGGGAACAGCCAUCGAUUCCACUACCACACAUGGGGGAAAAUAA